UUGGGUUGUGCUUGAGGCUAAUAAGGAAGCAUCUGCAGUGUCUUGGGCCAAAAAUUGGAGGCAAUGGAGAAAGAAAGAAAGGGAGAAGGAAACAACAAUAGGUUCCCUUACGUUGCCUCUCUUAAGCCUAUUGCUAGGUUUUACAUAUUUAGCUUUAGACCUUGAAAUGCAACCAACCUUGAACCCAUACUCUGUCAUAAAACCCCCAGAAUCCUCGAGAAACCCUAAAACGAUUAAUCUCAAUCCUCUUUCUUAUGCUGACAACUAAAACGUCAUCACUCCACAACAUGGUUGGCCAUGGUUGGCCUAACUCUUCGGUCUACCAGACUAGUUGUUGGCUAACCUGGUUAUUUAAAAAGGAGUGGUUUGCUGUCAAUGGUCAUGUAAAUUCUUGUGGACUCUUAUUUGCCUUUGGCGACUGUCCUGUAAAGGCCUGUGAAUUUUAAUGGACAAAGGAAAACAGAUUGUUACUGGCAAAAGCGAUGCUGGUGUCAGUGGCAGUACUAAUAAAAAGAUUCGUGCUUUUAUCGAUAGGAGCAAACUGAGGAUUUUGCUGUGUGAUACAAAUGCUGGGAGUUGUAAAGAAGUUGCCUCACUUCUUAAGGAAUGCUCUUAUCAGGUAAUUUCUGUAGGCUCAACUGGAGAGGCAAUCCAUGUUCUCAGCUCUGAGGGACCAAGUAUUGACAUUGUGCUUGCUGAACUUGAUCUCCCAAUGGCCAACUGCCUGAAGAUGUUGAAGUACAUUACUGAAGAUCAAGAGCUGCGAUGCAUUCCUGUGAUCAUGUUGGUCACAGAGGACAAGAUCUCAAUGAUUGCCAACUGCUUGCGGUACGGAGCAGUAGACUAUCUGUUAACGCCUUUAGGCAUCAAUGAGUUACUGAAUUUGUCAAUUCAUAUGGAGAGCGAGGCACACGGUUUGUAUCGCUCCGACUUCCAGAGAAGAAUGACUUUGAGAGAGUGCUGGUGGGCAUCAGCCAUCUACCCUGGUGGUGCAAUUAUGCAAGAAAGGCCGUUUUGUUACCAGAUGAUGCAUCCCAUCCCGGAGAGCUACUGGACGAGUUAAUGCAUUUUGAGAUAAAGAGCAUAGCUGCGGUAGUCAAGGAAAUCUGGGUCCUAUUGACACCCAGGGUCAUGUAGAAAACACUGGGCAUUGUAAUGAUCCCAAGUUAAACAUUUUGUGAUCAAUUAAUAUCCAUUCUCGUAUAAGAAAUGCUGAAUCUUGUGUCAA